CAGGCCGCUGCAGUGCUCAGCGGGGCCUGCAGCUCUCACUGGCAUCUGCACCCGGGCAGGGACCGGCGGCUCAUCCGCCCCAGCCACUGGCUGGGCAGAGGUGCCAGGGCGUUGGCAUCCCACUGACCUGCCCUGGGACGGCAGCUGGGCGCUCUGGAGCCAGGGGAUUGGACCCUUCUCCUGGGGGACAGAUGGGGGUCAAGGCGAUGGCCACCUCCUGCCCGCCCCAGCACUGAUCGCACCGGAGCGCCCCCUGCGGCCGAGGGAGACGCGCCGGGAAGGAACUGAGCCUGGCGCCAUGGCCCCCUGGCCUGUGGCCCUGCUCCUGCUCAGCCUGGUGGGGCUGGCGCAUUCGGAGAGUCGUGCGGAGGAGCCGGGGCGGAGCCGGGGGGGGCGGGCGGCCGAACCCCCCCCCGGGGCCAAGUGCACCUACACGUUCAUCCUGCCGCAGCAGAAGUUCACGGGGGCCGUGUGCUGGAGCAGCGUGCGAGCCGCCCCCGAGCCGCCGGUGCCCAACGGCAGCGAGACGCGGGCGCUGCAGGAGGUGCUGGGCCGGCAGCAGGCCGAGCUGCAGCGGUUGCGGGGGCUGGUGGAGGUGGACGGCGCCCUGGUGAGCGAGGUGAAGGCCCUGCGCAAGGAGAGCCGCGCCAUGAACGCCCGCGUGGGCCAGCUCUACGCCCAGCUGCUGCACGAGAUCCUGCAGCGGCGCCAGCGGCCCGGGCUGCUGGCCCAGCUCGAGGGACGCGUGGCCAACGCCUCGGACCAGGCGCUGCGGCUGGCCACCGGCUACCGCCAGCUGGAGCUGCGCUACCAGGCGCUGGCCGCCCUCGUCAACAACCAGAGUGCCCUCAUCGCGCGGCUGGAGCGGUGGUGCCAGGGGGGUGCCGGGCCGCCCCCCCCACAGCCCCCCCUGGUGCCGGUCGUGCCCCCCCGCCUGUCUGGCAUCGCCAACGAGAGCCGGGCGUAUUUCGAUGCCGCCGCCCAGCUGCAGAUGGACCAGACGGAGCCAGCGCCCCCCACGCUGCCCCCCAGGGCCCCGGGGCCCUGGCGUGACUGCCUGGAGGCGCGGCGCAGCGGGCACGAGGCCAGCGGGGUGUAUGAGGUGCAGCCGGCGGGCGCGGGCCAGUCCCUGCAGGUCUGGUGCGAGCAGGAGCUCGAGGGUGGGGGCUGGACUGUGAUCCAACGGCGCCAGGAUGGCUCCGUCAGCUUCUUCACCACCUGGCACGACUACAAGCACGGCUUCGGGACGCUGGACGGCGAGCACUGGCUGGGCCUGGAGAGCACCCGCCGGGUGACAGGGCAGGGCCCGGGGCCCUACGCGCUGCGGGUGCUGCUGGAGGACUGGACGGGGCACCAGGCAUACGCCCACUACGACCACUUCGCCCUGGAGCCCGAGAGCGACUCCUACCGGCUGCGGCUGGGCCGGUACCGCGGCAGCGCCGGGGACUCGCUGGCCUGGCAUGACGGCCGCCCCUUCAGCACGCUGGACCAGGACCAUGACGCGUACAGCGGGAGCUGCGCCCACUACCACAAGGGCGGCUGGUGGUACAACGCCUGCGCCCACUGCAACCUCAACGGGGUGUGGUACAAGGGCGGGCACUACCGCAGCCGCUACCAGGACGGCGUCUACUGGGCCGAGUUCCGCGGCGGCGCCUACUCCCUGCGCAAGGUGGUGAUGAUGGUCCGGCCCGCGCUGCCCGCCCCCGAUGCUGCCUGAUACCUGAACCCCCGGAGCCAGCUGUCCCCAACGCCGCCUGACGCCUGAACCCCCGGAGCCUCCCGCCCCCGAUGCUGCCUGAUACCUGAACCCCCGGAGCCUCCCGCCCCCGCUGCUGCCUGAUGCCUGAACCUCCAACGCCGCCCGCCCCCAACACCUGAACCUCCGACGACGCCUGAGCCCCGGAGCCACCCGCCCCUGAUGCCGCCUGACCUCCCGCAGCUGCCCCCCCCGAUGCCUGAGCCCCCAGAACCGCCUGACGCCCGAGCCCCCGGAACCACCCCUCCAUGAUGCACGAGCCCCUAGGCCACCAGCCCACACCUGCGCCACUGGAGCCAUCGUGACGCCCGAGCCCCCAGAGCUGGCAGAGGGAGGGAUCUGGCCCAGGUUCCUCCCAGACACCGCGGAGGGCAGGGAAUCGACAGGGGGCAGCAGAGCAGCCACUGGGCAGGGCUCCCUGUGCCACCCGGUCCCCGCGCCCAGCCCCGCCAGCCCCACAGCGCCCGGGUCGCCGGCUCAGCCAGGUC